AUGGCCGAUCGGAAUCGAUUCCGGCGGGUGGCGGCAGCGAUUCCCACACAUGGAAUGGAUGCGUCGACUCAAUUUGCAUCGAGUCUCGUCUGGCAAGGCCGACGUUCUCUUUGGUCUUGUGAAAAGGCCUCGAGUCGGUGACGAGCCUUGGCGUAGUCAAUUAUUGGUCAACAGUGGAUAGAACUUAUAGAUAGAUGUUAUUUAUCAUUGACCAUCCUUCGAAAAAAAGCGCUGGGAAAAUGUUUAGUGGCCACUAUAGGCUUUCGACGUUUUAGUGGCCACUAUGGUAGUCAAAUUAGUGACCACUUAAGGGGUUAAAAAUUAGUGGCCACUUUACAGUCCUUUUCAAGUAGUCCUUGGCAAGCCUCUAUAGUGGCCACUAAAAAUUUUCCCAGCUUAACAUUUAUUUUUGGAAGCUGAUCUAAAAGCUUACCAGGGAACGUUUUUUACUCCCCAGUUGAACUUUUGAUUAUGAAGAAAGUUGCGGACAGUACUGAUAUAACUUGAAUCUGAAGAAAAAUUUUCUGAACUAUACGCUAAUCAAAGAAAAUGAUUCCUCAAUCUCUACGAUUACUAGCUAAUAGCCUUCUUUAAAUUUACCAAAGAAAAUCGCUGAACUUCUUACAUGGAACCCAUUUGAAUUCAUGUGCUCGGCGCCGAGUCUUUGGAUCCCCCACUGUUUGACAGGAAGCAAGGAAUUCAGCGAGUCGGUCCCCCGCGCCGCGACAGUCGCAGAACUCCGCCCACUCCGACGACGCCAUCGUCGCCGUCGCCGUCGCCGGAGAGCGCAGACAGUGCAGACAGUUGCCGACGCGCCUCCUCGCCCCAGCCGUCUACAGCGUCGUGUGCGUGCAAGAACGACGAGAUGAACGUCAUCCAAGGGCUGCUCUCGGCCGUCUCGCCGCUCUCCGACGGCGACUCUGUCGAUCGCCUCAACUACUGCCUCACCACAGUGACGCUCGUCGUCACGUCGGCUUUUGUCUCCGGAUGGAGGUAUUUUUUUGCACAAUUUUCGCUUCUUUUUGCCCUUUUUUUAAAAAUCUUCGAAAAAGGGAAAAAUUUUCACAAUCGAUUAUUUUAAGUGAACUGCAUGCGGAUUUUUUUUUCUGGUUUUGUAAAUGUUCGCUCAACUUUUUAUAAUGAAAAUGUGAUUGUGAAGCUCGACCUUUCUUCUAAAAACUGUUUAACCCUCAUUUUAACCUCAAAUUAAUUCGUAUUAUUUAAUAUCAAAAUUUUAUAGUAAAAGCGACUCACGAAGCUUCAACUCUCUAAAAAAAUAAUUUUAAAAACAAUUCGAAAUCAACACAAUCAAUUAAUUACAAUCAAGCUAUCUAUACAAAAAUACGUUUUACGUUAAAUAAAACAAACUGACCCAGGCUAGAAGAUUGGAAAAAAAAGAUGACUUCAUUGAUUGAUUCACGGAAAGUUAUCGUGGCGGCUCAAUGCGUUGUCGUUCUAUCUUGAAGGUAGAGCUUCGGGCGUAGUUUCUCGAGCCUCAAAUAAAGCAAUAGUUUAAAAGAAAGCUCUUUUUGAUAAUGAAAAACGUCAAUUUCAAACGCGGUACCAUAAAGCUGUUCAAUAAAAAAAUUUGAAAAAUUCGGAUUAAUUCAAAAAAUUUUCUCACUGUGUGUUCUAAUUGAGGAUUUGAAAUCUUAGGGUCACAAAUAAAGAAAUGAAACACUUCAAUUAAAACAUAAAGUUCAACUGGGCAAAAAAGAAGACGGCUCUUGAAAAAAAAAACAUACACACCGACGUAAUCUCGCACAAAAUUCUUGAAAAAAAAUAUUUUAAAACUUUAAAAAAAUGUUUGUUUAAACAGGCUCCUAACUACCGUUACUUGUGACCGACCGAUUGGCAUAUGAAAAAUUUGCAGCUUCGUCGGCUCACCUAUCCAAUGCUGGUUCCCGGCGUACUACAAGGGCUGGUGGAUGGAGUACGCGUUGGACUAUUGCUAUGUCCAAAACACCUACUUCGUACCGUUUGUGGAUGAGACCGUCCACAACGCCUUCGACUUUGGCGAACACAUGGUCGACGUGCCGCGAAACUAUACUGACCGUCAGACCACCCAAAUCGGUUUUUUUAUUUUUUUUAUUAAUUUUAAACAUUUUUUUCUGUAUUGCAGGAUACUACCAGUGGGUUCCGUUCAUCCUCGCCUUCCAAGCGAUUUUCUUCUACUUGCCAGUUGUGUUGUGGCGAACCGUCUACGAAAUGUCUGGUGAGUUUUGGGCAUGUGAUAUUUUUCCAUGGCUUUUUUUGAGGAGUGAAAGUCCGAGCGAUUUGUGACGCGUGCAGCGUCAGUGGCAACAUGGAAGAGAAGGCGCGACAGGGCAACAUGAAGAUGAUCGCGUCGUUCUUGACUCAGGAGCAUGCCGUCGCUCAUGUGACGUCAUCUGUUCGGAGUAUGUCUUCCGACUCGUUCAUCGUCGUCACCUAUGUCGUGAGUUCAUCAAAAAAACCCGAAAACUUUUUUUUCUCGUUUUUCUUUUUUUGGGAAUAUUCUUAUGGGGCAUGGUCGAAACUGAGCGUAGUAAUAAUUGUAGAUUUUUUCACCCAUCUGUGAAAAUUAAAGCAUAUUUUAUUUGUCACUCGCUGCAAUCCUCAAGCGAGAACCUAGAAAAAAAAACGCCUUUUUCCAACCAAAAAGUUGACUCUCAUCUCCACGCCCUCAUUGCAAUAAAACCGUGCCGCUGUUGCAAUCAGCCACGCCCUACUGACCACAACUGCCGCGCGUUUGGGAAACUGUGCUAUCUAAAAAUAACUCGAGCCGCUUCGUAGAACCUAAAGUUUUCAAAACUACUAUCUUUCGAGAAUAUUAUUGUUUACAAGAAGUCUAGAAAUAUUUUCAAACUCACAUAGCUUCAGAUUUUCCACCAAAACGCAAAAGUGAAGGUACAUUUCAGAUAAUCAAAGCUUUAUACGUCUUGAACGCCUUCAUGCAGUUUGUGGUUCUGAAGAACUUGCUGGGAGUCAACUCGUACACCUGGGGCUUGGACGUGACGAGUGACCUGUGGAAUGGGCGAGAGUGGCCUGAAACUGGCAAUUUUCCGAGGUAUUAACGGUUUAAAAAAAAGACUGAGAUUUUCAUACAGAGUGACGAUGUGCGACUACGACGUGCGAGUUUUGAGCAACCUGCACCGCCACACGGUUCAGUGCGUCUUGAUGAUCAACAUGUUCAACGAGAAGAUCUUCGUCGCCAUGUGGUACUGGCUGGCGAUCGUGCUUGUCGUUAGGUUAGACGGCGGCUUAGUACUGGAAAAGGAAGGUUGAGUUUCAGUUUGGUGAGCUUCAUCUACUGGCUGGUGACGUCUCUUGGAUCGCGUACAGGCAAGCAGCUCGUGAACUCGUACAUGGUUAAGGUGGGUACUGCAGAUGGUCGCGUUGUAUUGAAAUCAUUUUCCCAAUAAUAGUAUAAAAAUUAUUUCAACAAGGAUGCUAUUUUCCAUGAGCCUUUCUCAUUUCCUUUCUCGCUUCUUUUCCACCAUUUCUCGAGCCUCAAAAACUCUAGGAAAAAUGGAAGGAUCGAUAUAGCCUGUGUACCACGACUUGGAAUUUCACCGAACGGCAUUCCGCUGUGCCACUGCGCGCCUUUGCGAACCUUGGUCGCGCUUUUAAUUUUUUUUUAUCUUUUAUUAAGGUACUCUACUUUUAUGUGCUCCCACAGCAAUAACGAAAGAAAGCUUGACGUAGAUUCGAAAGACGCUUCGCGAACGCACGCAGCCGACCAGCGGAAUGUCGUUCCGUGAAAUUUCGAGUCGUGGCAAACAGACUAUAAAGGGACUCUUUUUGCCUUUCUGCGACCUUUUCUGAGCCCUCUCUCUCUUUUAAUGGCCAUUAUCCACCUUUUCGACUUGGCCCGAGUGUCCCAAGUAACCAUCAAAAAUGCUGAAAAAUUCAACAAAUUGAAUUGUAUUUUACUUCUCUCCUAAACUAGUUCGCCCUGGCUGGCUGUUAAGGAAGAAAGAAUUGCAAUGUGCAGAUGGAAAACAACUCGAGUGUCGCUCGAGGGCUCGACAGACGAGGUCUGGUGCAGCAGUUCGUCGUGGACUACUUGCGGCCGGACGGCGUCUUCCUCAUUCGCCUCAUCUGUAGGGCAUCUAUCCUGUCUUCAUGAUCAAAAUGUGAGGUUUUCAGCCAAGAACAGUGGCGACAUGGUGACGUGCUCGUUGCUCUCGACGCUCUGGGAAGAUUUCACGAAGAACCGCCGGAAUCCGCCUCCUUACUCUGAGCCUCUGCUCAUUGGAGCCAGCAAGAAGAUCGACGACACCGAACUCUGA